GUCUCUGAGGAGGAGGAGGAGGAGGGAGGUUGUCCAGGAGUGGGGUGCUGCUGAUGGAUCACUCUGUGGGAAAGGGCAGGGACCAAGGCCCAGAGCAGCACCGCGCCAAGGUUUGCCGCCAGGUCACUCUCGAGUCUUUAAAGAGAGUUGUGGUGAUUGAAGAUAUUAACAGAUACAAGGCUAUUUUGGAACUGCCUAGUCAAACAAAGGAAAACUUAAUGGAAGCAUUAAAUGAAUUAAAGAAGAAAAUACCUUCACAAGAAGUAUUGCUCUCAACUAAAAUAGGGCACACAGUAAACAAGAUGCGUAAAAAUUCGGACCCUGAGGUGGCCAUGCUUGCUCAGUCCAUUUACACAACGUGGAAAACUUUCAUGAAAGAAAAUAGAAAUAAACAAUCCAUUGAGGUGCGAUGUGAUCCUAAAACAGAGAGUCUUAGGAGUAAUGCUCGAAAACUGUUAUCUGAAGCCUUGGAACUGAAGAAUGAUGACCUGCUGAUUGAAAAUAUAGAGCGAGAGAUUUUUCAUCAGUGUUCUCGUUUGAUCAACAUCCCCUACGGACGGACAGUUCGAACUCUGGUCUUUACUUUAAAACAGAAGUCUGAAGUCCGAGAACAAGUUAAAACCUACAGACUGCCAGUGAAGCAGCUCAUUGAAAACCACAAGAAAUGAUUCAUUCUGGGUUGUUAAAGAAUUAUGCAUAAACUUAAAAAUUGUGAACUUUUUAAACUGUGGCCUUUUUUAUUUAAAUCAUAAGAAUAUGAAUAUGUCAAAUGUGUGAUCUUUAUUAAUAAAU